UGACAGGAGCGGCAGGAGUUGUCAGCGGAACAGCAGCAGCAGCCAGCUUCUCCGGAGCCGAAUGGAGUAAUUUACAAAAAAAUACUACUGCAGACAGCGUCUCUGUUAUUGUUGAGAAGCAUUGAUUACACCGUUCAGACAACCGCCAUGGCAGACGACCAGUCCUCUCAGUCCUGGUCCAUCGACAAGGAUGACUAUGAACUCAAUGAGGUGAUAGGGAGUGGAGCCACUGCAGUUGUCCAGGCAGCAUACUGCAAGCCAAGGAAGGAGAAGGUGGCCAUCAAACGCAUCAACUUGGAAAAGUGUCAAACUAGCAUGGAUGAGCUCCUGAAAGAGAUUCAGGCGAUGAGCCAGUGCCACCAUCCAAACAUUGUGUCUUAUUAUACCUCCUUUGUGGUGAAGGAUGAACUGUGGCUGGUGAUGAAGCUGCUCAGCGGCGGCUCGGUGUUGGACAUCAUCAAGCACAUCAUCUCUCGUGGCGAGCACAAGACCGGAGUGCUGGACGAGGCCAGCAUCGCCAGCAUCCUGAAAGAAGUGCUGGAGGGGCUGGAGUACCUUCACAAAAACGGGCAGAUUCACCGGGAUCUAAAGGCUGGAAACAUUCUUCUCGGGGAUGAUGGAUCAGUGCAAAUUGCUGACUUUGGUGUGAGUGCCUUUCUAGCAGCAGGAGGAGACAUGACAAGGAACAAGGUCAGGAAGACGUUUGUGGGGACGCCGUGCUGGAUGGCCCCAGAGGUCAUGGAGCAGGUUCGUGGAUAUGACUUCAAAGCUGACAUCUGGAGUUUUGGGAUAACAGCCAUUGAACUGGCCACUGGGGCUGCACCUUAUCACAAAUACCCACCGAUGAAGGUGCUGAUGCUGACUUUGCAGAACGACCCCCCCUGUCUGGAGACAGGCAUCACAGAUAAGGAAAUGGUGAAGAAGUACGGGAAGUCGUUCAGGAAGAUGCUCUCCCUGUGUUUACAGAAAGAUCCUGAAAAAAGGCCAACUGCUGCUGAAUUGCUGAAACAUAAAUUCUUCACAAAAGCCAAGAACAACGAGUACUUACAGGAGAGGCUCCUACAGAAAGGUCCAACAAUUACAGAGAGGUCUAAAAAGGUGCGUCGGGUGCCCGGCUCGAGCGGCCGUCUCCACAAAACGGAGGACGGCGGCUGGGAGUGGAGCGACGAUGAGCUGGACGAGGAGAGCGAGGAGGGCAAAGCUGCAGUGGCGGCUCUCCGGUCCCCCAGAGUGAAGGACGGGUCCCAGAAUAUGGAGCUUUUCCCACCAGCAGAUGGCUCCACAGCGAGUCUGCAGCCUCCCGUUGCAGCACACGAGAAAGCCGCCAGCGUGGCUCCGACAAAAGAGGACGUUCCACCACCACAGGCUCCCGCUCAGACAGCGAGCCCUUCACACGCACCUGCUGUUCAGGAUCCUGCUGCCUCGGCCAGCGUUCCCAUCAGCCUCGUCCUCAGAUUGAGGAACCUCAAGAAGGAGCUCAAUGACAUCCGGUUUGAGUUCAUGCCCGGCAGAGACUCUGCUGACGGAGUUUCCCAGGAGUUGGUCUCAGCUGGCCUGGUGGAUGGGAGGGACUUAGUCAUUGUUGCUGCCAAUUUGCAAAAGAUUGUUGAUGACCCUCAUAGUAACAAAAAUGUGACCUUCAAACUGGCGUCUGGUGUGGAGGAGUCUGAAAUUCCCGAUGACAUUAAACUCAUUGGAUUUGCGCAGCUCAGCAUCAGUUAAGUCAAGCAGAGCCAGCGACAAAGGACAGAAGCAAAUGGUAUUGCACAGCUGCAUUGUAGUCAAUUCCAAGAAACCACUACUGCCAAAGAGAGGAGGAGGAGGAGGAGGAGGAGGAGGAGGAGGAGAUGUGAGGCUGGCAGCAGUGAGACACUACUGCAGGAUGCAUGAGGACCACAUAGAGGGGUUCAGUUCAUCACAGGAAUCACACUUGAAAAGUUUACAGUGCGCUUAUACAGUAAAUGGGAGAAGAGAUGCAAUCAACUAUAUCAAGUCCUAAUUUCAUUUUUCUUUUUUUUUUCUUCUUCCUCUUCAUACACAAGCACAAUCCAAACCAUCUCCUGCCAGUACUGGAAAUGAUUGCCUUUUAUUUCUUUCUUUCAAAAAAAAGAAAAAAGAAAAAAGAAAAGAAUCAACUGUGCCACAAAACUCCUCGGAGUACCGUGCCACCUUUACAUGGCACUUUAUGCUACACUGAAAUUGAAAAGUGUAAGUUCAGCCUUAGUUACUCUAGACUUUACCAGUGUGAUUGGUGAAAAAUUCAGUCAGUCUGUGAUUAUUAGCUGUAUUCUAUGUACGUCGAUCUAAAGAAAAUCCCUUAACCUCGAUACAGAUACCUUCUAAACACUCUGUAGCAUAGUUUUUUUUCGUUUCGUAAUUCUCAAAUGAAUUUAAAAUAUUUCAAAGGAAUCCAGUCUCCUGUGUGUGGCGGCCCAAGGCAGUGCGAUGAAUUCUCUCCUCCACAGCGUCAGUGUGGCGGUUUUCAGAUCAGCCGUUAAAAAAACAAAACAUCAAACCUUCUGAUUUCUUACACUUUGUGAGAUGGUGUUUUCCUGACAUAUUAAAGACAGGAUCAUUGUCACAGAUCGACACCUGCCUAAUAUUCUUGUACUAUGCAAUAGCUGUUUUCUUUUCACCGUGUGUCACCACCGGUCGCUAAUAUUCCUUCUCUUGUGUUGAAUAAAACCACUUUCUGUGCUUGUACCUCAAAGAGGAGUUCAUGAAGAGUCAACCAACAAAGACGGGCAGCUCUCAGAACCCCAAUUUCAUUUUCAACAAACUAACAAACCAACAAACAGACACGGGUCAUGAUUGAUUGAUUUUAUUUUUCCCUUCCCUCUGAGAGAGCCUUUAAAUGACUGAUCUGACAGCUGGGAAGAAUCCUGAAUGCUGGUUAUGAGUGUCGAGCCCCGGACGGCUCAUGUUACAGGCUGACUGCUGAUGAACUUCUGUGGAGGUACACGCUGAAAAACUGAAAACGCUCUUCCAACCGUGACAUAAAGCUUAAAGGGGCAGUUCACCCAAUUUAUAGAUCAAAUUUGUUGUCAGCCAGGCAGGUAGUUUUGGACUUAUUGCUAAGGUUUGGAGAUGUUUUGCCGCCAUACAGUGGAGAUAAAUGGGAUUUGCUCAUGAGGAUAGCAGUUCUUUUGGUCAAUAACUCAAAUGAAACUUAGAAAUAAGUUCACUAAAACUGUUGAAAUUAGUGGUCAGAGUUUCGUUUUAUUUGUGAAACCUCAGCAUCUUAACUGGCACAAGAGUUUGUUGAUCAUAAUUCUCUUGACGUUUUCUCCAGCAGGCGGACAUUUUGGCUCAGUAAACACCAAAUAUUAUCGAAUGGGCUGUAAUAAAAUUUACUGGUUCAAAAACAACAAAAUCAGAACUCUGAUCCCUUGAAUUUCUUUCCUGUAGCACCACCGUCUAACCAAAAUAUUUGUGUGUUACUAAUUAGCAAUGGCUAGCAUGCUAACGUGGUUGACGUACCUGUUUAAUACGACCACGUUGCUUAGUUCUUCCCACAGAGACGCUUGCUGGACUCUUCCUCUGAGCUCUACUUACAAAUCCAUUCGCCUCUAUUGUACUAAAAGGCCGCAGCGGUCUUAAGACGGAUCUCUUAAAGCUGAAUAAAACCAAACCUAUUAACCUGGCUGCAUGACUCUAGAGGUACAUUUUAACAUAUCGGGUGAAGCGACCCUUCAGACGUCUUCAGAAACCAAUUCCUGCUUUAGUUGUUUUGACAGCACUGUAGUCUCUUUGCUUUAUAAACACUCACCAACGAAUCACUGUCGUCACUCCCAGUGUAGCUGUAUGGUUGUUUUGUACCACGUGCAAAGGGCUGUGAUGUAGCUCCUAGUUCAGGUACCGAUGUAAAUGGUGUAUGUAAAGAUGUUGUAAAUGUACAUAUGAUGGCAACUCCAAGCACUGUCACACAAACACCAUGAGGUUUGUAUGUAACGAUGUAGAUGCAUUGACUGUUUAAGUGUACAUGUCAGAUAAAAAAGACAAAAGAGAAAAAAAAAAAGGAACAUUUUACUUGUAAAUAUUGAUUUAAGGCAAACAGAUCGAGACUCAUCUUGUUCAGUCCACAGCAUUUGAUUUGUUUUGUAGUGUUUUCCACUGUUGGCCUUUUGUCAGAGCGUCACUAAUCAUGCACAGAUUAUUAGUUCGAUUGGCACCUUAUUGAUUCGUUAACAUGCCUAUUUUUUUUUUUUGGAAUCACACGGGGCUUGUAAUCACACACUCUGCUUUGAUGUCAUGAUACGCAGCUUCUCUCACCGAAACCAGGCUAACGGACAAAACAUUAUCUUAACCAGACGGAUGGCACAGGUUACACUUCCCUCUCUCCCCCCGUGUGUGUGUGUGUGUGUGUGUGUGUGUGCGUGCGUGUGCGUGCGUGUGAUAAAACGAUUGAUCAUCAAAGAGUUUGUACUGAAAGUCACCUCGACUUCUAAACUUAUUUCUAUUUUAUUGUUUACUCAUUAAAAGAAAACUCAUUCUGCCUCAUCGUGAGGCUGCUGAAUGAUUAGUAUUAAUCAAUUGAUUGGCAAGUACAUUUUCCUCAUAAUUUCUUUUUUUUUUUUUUUUUUACAGAUCAAUACCUAUAUUUUUAAAAAUAAUCAUCAGAUGUGUACAUCCACACAUGCAUAAUUUGAAGCGGGAUAUUUGUGAUAAGAUGCAAAGGAGAUUCCUCGACCAAUAUAUACGUUGUUGGAAAAAUUUCAACACAUGCAAACUGAUUUUUAGUAGUUGAAUAAAGUCACAUGAUGAAAUUCAA